GACGCCAACCGGAAACUCCCCACCACCCCUGACGACAGCGGCGCCACCUCUUCCUCCGUCCUCCCCAUCCGCCCGCCAUCGCCUUCUCAAACCACCGGCUUCUCGUCGCGGUCGUCGCCUUCGCGGCGCUUCCACGCACGCGCCACGACGACUCGUCCACGGUCUACCCGGCCGGCGUUCGGCGCCGCACGCAGCGCUCCCCUUCCGCCGCGUGCCGCCACAGCCGAUCGAGCAAGCUAGCUGGGCACCUGGCCCAGCCACAGCCCGUUCCGGCCGGCGUUCCCCGCCCCGGCAAAGCCACAGCUGCACAGAUAGCAACCCAGCAGCGCCGGUAUGCGGCCGCGCCGGCUGCCCCCGUGCCUGGCAGUGACGGCGGUUUCAGCGGCGCUGCUGUUCGUGCUCCUGUUGCUCUGCGCCUCCUCCUCCCCGCCCCUCUUCGCCUGGCGGUCCUCCGCCGCGUCCCGCCCCGCGCCGCCGCCGCCGCCGCCGCGGGCGGAGUGGGGGCCCGGCCGCCCGCCCUCCUUCGCGUACUGGAUCUCCGGCACGGGCGGGGACGCGCGCCGCGUGCUGCGCCUUCUCCGGGCGGUCUACCACCCGCGCAACCGCUACCUGCUGCACCUCGACGCCGGGGCGGCCGCCGGGGAGCGGGAGGCGCUGGCGCAAGCGGUCAGGUGGGACGAGCCCGCGUGGAGGGAGUUCCGGAACGUCGACGUCGUGGGGGAAGGCUACGCGGUCGACCGGACCGGGUCGUCGGCGCUCGCCGCCGUGCUGCACGGGGCGGCGGUCCUGCUCAGGAUCGGGGCCCACUGGGACUGGCUCGUCACGCUCAGCGCAGAGGACUACCCGCUCGUCACGCAGGACGAUCUCCUUUAUGCCUUUUCUUCUGUGCCAAGGGACCUCAACUUUAUUGAUCACACAAGUGAGCUUGGAUGGAAAAGGCAUGAAAGAUUUGAAAAGAUUAUUGUUGACCCAAGUCUAUAUAUGGACAGAAACACUGAACCUUUCCCUUCAAAAGAAAUAAGACAAAUACCUGAUGCAUUCCAGAUAUUCACAGGUUCUCCUUGGGUAAUUCUGAGCAGGAACUUUGCUGAACACUGUGUGCAUGGUUGGGACAACCUACCCCGCAAACUACUGAUGUACUUUGCCAACACAGCUUAUUCCAUGGAGUCGUACUUCCAGACUCUCAUCUGCAACUCUUCCGACUUCCGGAACACAACUGUCAAUGGCGAUCUAAGGUACUUUGUCUGGGAUGACCCUCCAGGCCUCGAUCCACUUGUUCUCAAUGAAUCACACUUUGAGAACAUGUUGAACAGCAGCUCUGCCUUUGCAAGGCGGUUUGAGGAGGACACACCAAUGCUGAAGAAGAUGGAUGAUGAACUACUAAACCGGUCUCCUGUCCAGUUGGUUCCAGGGGUAUGGUGUCUGAACUUGGGCAAAGAACAGAACGGGACUGAUGCGGAUUCGUGCUCAAAAUGGGGUGAUAUCAAUACUGUCAGACCUGGACGUGGGGGGGAGCGGCUCAGGCAGUUCAUUUCUGAGAUCAGUCAGGCAAGAGGGUGCCGCUAGCUGAAUCAGUAUUGGUGUCUAUUGUUCAGGAGGUAAAGUUUCAGGUAGAGUUUUGUGGAGCAAAUAUCGGCUGGAGUGAGGUACGUGAUGGAAUUACAAUGAUACGGAUUUCUCCUACGCGUUGAAGAAAACAGAAGGCACAUGGAGUCAUAUGGAAAUGGCCAAAAAGUUUCAGAUUCAGGUGAUGGGCACCGGAUACUGCAUUGUCCAAAUAUUCAAGGCUGCAUAGUAAGAGCAGUAGUAGUGUUUAUACAGAUUAGGUAUACUGUAUACUAUCCGUAGCUGCUUUGCCCUGUUUUUGAUCGUGUAGGUAGGACACAGAAAUAGGAUCUGCUCAUAUACCUUGUAGCAGCACCUUUGUAUAGAUGAUACAUUGAGAUAACUAUACACGUCUGUAUUAUAUUGAUACUGAUAAUACAGCUCUUGGGUGUGCUCGUCUCAUCGCAUAAGCUCUUUGUAAGGCGAAAAAAAUGUGAAACAUUGAUAUGUGAAAA